AUGACACUAUCAGAAAAGGCCACCACGUCAGAAACAGUGAAUUUGCCGCCAGAGGAAGGUAUUAAAGGAUGGAGAUGUGUAUUUGGCUCAUUUUUGGCUCUGUUUUGCACCUUUGGAUUCUUGAAUGCGAUCGGCGUCUUCCAGACAACCUACCAGAAAGAUUACCUUCAAGAAUACAGUUCAUCUGAUAUAUCCUGGAUUUUUGCUGUCCAAAUAUGCUUAAUGUGGCUUCUUGGCCCACUUUAUGGACGAGUUCUUGAUACCUAUGGGCCGGCUCCAGUCCUGUAUCCUUGCAGCUUUCUGUGCGUCUUUGGUCUAUGCAUGACGAGCCUUGCAGAUAAAUACUAUCAGAUACUCCUUGCUCAAGGCUUAGCUUUUGGGAUGGGUGCUGGUGGCGUAUUCACUUCGGCCAUGGUCUGCGUUGGCCAAUGGUUUACCCGCAGACGGGGACUUGCAAUCGGGAUCUCGAGCUGCGGUGCCAGCGUAGGAGGGGUUAUCUUCCCAUUAUUUCUGAACAGACUCACCGAGAGUGUUGGCUUCUAUGGGGCUGUUCGAUACACAGCCCUGUUUGUGGGCGUGUUACUGACGGGAUCCUGUCUUUUGAUCCAAUCCAGAUUGCCGCGCAAGGAAUGGAACAACCAAACGCCGUGGUUCGAUGUGUCCCUAUUUAAACAGAAACAAUUCGCCUUCUAUACAUGGGGAGCUUAUCUGGUCAUGUGGGGGCUUUGGGGCCCAUUCGAUUUUCUUUCGAGCAUGGCUGAAGCGAAAGGUUUCUCUUCGACCCUUGCAUUAUAUCUGAUCUCUAUUAUAAACGCUACUUCUGUGUUUGGCCGCCUCAUUCCUCCCUACCUGGCCGAUCACAUCGGUCAUUUCAAUGUAUUGACGAUGUGUGCCAUGUUGACUGGGGUGUCAAUGCUCUGUCUGUGGCUUCCUUUCAACUACCACCCUUCUCAUCCAGGAAUUAUUGUUUUUGCUCUUGUGUAUGGGUUUGUCAGUGGUGCUGUAGUGUCUUUGCUCAUGCCAUGUGUUGCGAAAUCCGGCAGCCUAGACACACUUGGCCAGCGGUUUGGGACGUUCCAGAUGGUGAUAUCGGGCAGUUGCCUCACCGGCCUCCCUAUCAUGGGUGGCAUCCUGACCCGACAGGGCAUGACCGACUUCUCUGGCCUGCAAAUUUUCUCGGCGAUGACUGCGUUGCUCGGCGCAUGUUGCCUGGUAAUUUCGACGUAUCUUCUUUCCCAAUCCCAUGGAAAUUGGAAGGUCUGA